GUUAAAUAAAAAGUCAACAGAGUCUCAGUAGUUGUCGAUCAGUAGAGAACUAAUUGUGUGAUUUUAAAAAAAUCAUUAAGCAAAAUGAAAUUUUUCAUUUUUAUGAUUUUAAUUGCAAGGGGAACAAGUGUAAAUCAAUAUUAUUCAACAUCAACAACAAAUUUUACCAAUGAAGUUCUUUCCAUACCAUUUGGAGAUUGCGACGAAACGAAAAAUCUUGUUUCUUUAAAUUUAUCAUAUACAGGCAUGAUUCAAAUUAAUGAAAAUUUUAUAAAAAAUACACACGUGAGUUGCUUAAAUUUCUCAAAAAAUAGCAUCAAUUUUAUUGCACCUUCAUUCAUUAAAAAUCAUCCAAAAUUGAAAGUUUUAAAUCUUGGACAUAAUCAAAUAGAAUUAAAUGAAUUACAUCUUAAUCCAUAUUCAACAAUUAAUCAAUUAAAUACACUUAUUCUUGACAAUAAUCUUAUAGACAAAAACUCACAAUUAAUUCUCAAUGAUUGUUUUUAUAAUUUGGAAAAUCUUUACAUUCGACAAAAUAAAUUAGAAAGUAUUUCUGCAUUAUGUAAAUUGGAAAAAUUAAAAUACCUAUACUUAUCAGACAAUUUUAUAUUUUCGGAGAAUAAUAUUUUCAAUGGUGAAAAUUAUUUUAAUUUAUCACAUCUUUAUUUGGACAAUAAUAAAAUUCAUACUUUUAAUGGUACACGAUUUUCUAAUUUAGAAUCUCUGCAAUUAGAAAACAACGAAAUUGAAUAUUUGUGUAAUGAUUAUUGUAAUUUAAAUUUAGUCGGAAUGACGAAAUUAAAAUAUCUUUCUGUAGCAAGAAAUAAAUUAACAACUGUUUUUUCAGAUUCUUUUCACGAUACAAUUAAUUUAGAAAUUUUAGAUCUUUCAGAAAAUAAAAUUGCCACUAUUAGUAAUAUUGUAUUUGAAAAGAUAAAAUUUCUUAAAAUUUUACUUCUUAAUGGCAAUAAAUUAAUUAUAUUACCAGAUUUUUCUUCUUUUUCAAAAAUUGAAAUUAUGAAUUUCAAUAAUAAUGAACUUAAUAGUACAUAUAGUAAACAAUUUUUUGAAUUAAAAUCUUUAAAGAAAUUGUCAUUAGGCAAUAAUUUGAUAAAAAAUGUGGAAAAAUUAUCAUUUAUGAAUCUACCAUCUUUGGAUGAACUCGAUUUAUCUGAUAAUAUACUUGAAAAUCUUCCUAAUGAAUGGAUGAAACCACAAAAUAAUCUUAAAAUUUUGAAAUUAAACUUAAACUAUUUUACAAAUUUCGAUCAACUAUCAAUUGAAAAUGCACCAGUUUUGAAACAAAUAUUUCUUCAAAAAAAUCCAUUGACUACAUUAAAUGUAAUGUCCUUAAUGCAUAUUGCAAAAGAUGCAAAUAUCUAUAUUGAUAAUGAAUCAAAUAAUUAAUUAACUCAAAUUAAAAAAAAUGUAAAAUUGCUACUACUAUAUAAUUAUUAUACUUUAAAAUUUUUUUAAUUCUUACUGUAACACUUCGUUUUAAAUUGUACACAAUAAAAAUUUUCUUACAAGCAUUAAACCAAGUUUAUCAUAAGAAUUGAUUUUAAAUUUUUGUAAGUUUUGUUUUUUGUAAAAUAAAAAUGAAAAACUUUUUACAAAAUA